AUGGCUUUGAUUGACAUGCGGUACGUGCAGUCCGAUGAUUCCAAGAUAUGCGUCGUUAUGGUUGGCCUCCCGGCCCGAGGCAAAAGCUUGAUCUCCGGAAAAGCAAUGCGAUAUCUCGGCUGGGUCGGCGUCCCAGCGCGAGUCUUCAAUGUUGGCAGCUACCGACGUAACAAUACCCCCCAGCCGGCUGCGAAUUUCUUCGACCCACACAAUGAGGAGGGUGAGCGUAUGCGACGGGCUGCUGCUGAGGCUGCACUGGAUGAUAUGAUCUCAUGGUUUAACGCUGGCAAGGGAGUCGUGGCCAUCCUUGAUGCGACCAACUCCACCAAGAAGCGCCGCCAGUGGAUCUACGAGAAAUGCUCGGAAGCCAAUAUCGAAACCCUGUUCGUCGAAUCUAUCUGCGAUGACGAGGACCUUAUCAUGACCAAUAUCCUGGAGGUGAAGACCACCUCUCCGGACUACAAGGGCCAGGAUCCUGAGCUCGCCGCUCUCGAUUUUCGCAACCGGAUUCGCAACUACGAGAAGGUAUACGAAACAAUUGACGAUGGCGAGAAGCACUACACUUAUGUCAAACUCAUCAAUGUUGGCUCGACUGUGAUUAUCAACCAGAUCAAGGACUAUUUGUCCAGUCGUCUGGUAUACUACAUCCAGAACUUGCACAUUAAGCCACGUUCGAUCUGGCUAUCCCGCCACGGUGAAUCCGAAUACAAUUUGACCGGCCGGAUCGGUGGCGACUCGAACAUCUCCGAGCGCGGCGAGGCGUAUGCUCGUGCCCUACCCGAGCUGCUGCGCAAGUCCGGCAUCCCCCCGAACACGAAGAUCGUGAUCUGGACUUCAACUCUCCGCCGCACAAUCCAGACCGCACGCCAUUUGAAGGCGGAGACAGGUUUCGAGAAGCUGGAGUGGAAGGCGCUGGACGAGCUGGACUCGGGCGUCUGCGACGGGCUGACAUACGAACAAAUCGCGGAGAAAUACCCAGAGGACUUCGCCGCGCGUGACGAGGACAAAUACAACUACCGAUACCGCGGCGGCGAGUCGUAUCGUGACGUGGUGAUCCGCCUCGAGCCCAUCAUCAUGGAACUGGAGCGCAGCGAGAACGUUAUCAUUGUUACCCACCAGGCUGUGCUGCGGUGUAUCUAUGCCUACUUCAUGAAUGUGCCCCAGGAGCAGAGUCCGUGGAUGGAGGUGCCUUUGCACACUCUGAUUAAGCUGACUCCUCGGGCUUAUGGCACAGACGAAGAGCGAUUCAAGGCGGAUAUCCCUGCUGUGUCUACGUGGCGAGGAAAGGGAAGCUCCGCGCGCCACCAGGACUACACUGCCGCCAAUCCAAAGAGCCCUGAGCAGGAGGCCCCCUCUGAGGCUCCGGCCGAGGCCAAGGAGGAGAAGUAG